UUCAUGGCCGCUAAUGGCUAUCAGCCUCCUCUGUUCCCCACCCAGGAACGUAAUGUUGCAGUGCCUUCUGUUCGAGCCCAUCUUCGCAGAGUUCAAGCAGUAUGGAAGGCCACCCGAGCAGCCCUCUCUCGUUCUGCCCAACGCAACAAGGUACUAGCAGAUAGACAUCGUUCCCCUGCCCCCCUGUACCAACCUGGUCAGAAGGUAUGGUUGUCUACACGGGACCUCCCUCUACAGGUGGAGUCACGGAAGCUCGCCCCCCGUUACAUCGGCCCAUUUGAGGUGGAGAAAGUUAUCAAUCCAUCUGCUGUUAGAUUGAAAUUGCCGGACUCUAUAAGGGUUCACCCUACCUUCCAUGUUUCUCUGCUAAAGCCUGUGUCCUUCAGUCCCCUUAGCCCUCCGGCCGAACCCCCGCCUCCCGCCCUGUCCAUUGAUGGCCAUCCUUCCUUCAUUGUGCGGAAGAUCUUGGAUGUGAGGCGUCGGGGACAUGGUUUUCAGUACCUCGUGGACUGGGAGGGGUACGGUCUGGAGGAGCGAUCUUGGAUUUCCCGUCGGCUCAUUCUCAGUCGGCAGUUGUUGGAUGACUUCUACCGGGAGUUUCCUGACAAGCCUGGAAAGACGCCUGGAGGCGUCAUUUAAGGGGGGGGUACUGUGGUGUCUGAGCCUGUUAAUGUGCAGUUUAGGUAGUCCCCUCUCCCCCUCUCUCUCCCUCUCUAAUAGGUGUGGCUUGGGAGUUGCUGGCUGCACACAGCUGAGACUAAUCUUCUUCUGGAGCAGUAUUUGAAGCCUGGCCACCUGUGUGCUCACUGCCUGAUGGUCACCGUUUGUUGGAUCCAGCUCCUGAUCUGUCUCCAGCUACCAAGCCACACCACCCACCUCCCUCAACUCUAACUGCUGCUGAGAGCUUGCCUGCCACCUCCAACUGCCACUGCUUCCAGAGACACCUUCCUUCACUGUCAGCCUGUGAACCAAAGAAUAAACUUUGCACCUUUCUCCUAGCCUGGCUGUCUGCAUUUUGGGUCCAGCACCUAGCCU